AUGAAUUUUUAUGUGGGUCUGCUGGCUGUGGGUCUUACCCUAUGCCAGGUGACCGAGGCCAAUUUGAGCCAAAGUUUUAUUGAAAAGUGUGUGAACGAAGCUAAAGCCAAUGUGGAUGCAAUCUACACUUAUUCCCGACAAACGAGUGUUGACCGGGUGAAGAGAGACACAGUAACACCUGCAGACAUCCUGAGGCUUCUGAAGCAGCCUAAAGGUCUGUCCCGUGGAUUCGUGCGUGCAGCUGACUAUAUGGACAACGCGCUUCAUCUGAUCAAAAGGUCCCUGGUAAAACGUCCCAAACGCUCCAUUAAUGCUACAGAUCUGAUCUCAAAUGAUGACCUGCAAGUGAUAGCCAGACUUACAGGCUGCUCUGCACAAACAAGACAAAUAGCUUGUGCCAAUAUUACCAACGUGAAUGUGUACCGGACUGCAAACGGUGUCUGCAAUAACAAGAAUAAUCCCCGUUGGGGCGCCUCUAACAUCCCUUUUGCCCGCUGGCUGCCGGCUGAGUAUGAAGAUGGAAUCUCUCUUCCUAAAGGCUGGACUGAUGGGAAGAAAAUCAACAAUUUCCUCCUUCCCCUGGUGAGGGAUGUUUCCAACCGUAUCCUGGCAACAGCUAACGCUGAUGUGAAAGGCGACCCUAUUUACACUUUCCUGGUGACAAUCUUUGCUCAGUGGACGGACCACGACCUGACUUUCACCCCUCACUCUCCAGCCAUCAGAUCAUUUAAUAUGGGCAUUGACUGCGAUAAGACCUGCGCCAACACAGAGCCAUGUUACUCCAUCAAGUUCCCCAAGAAUGACCCCCGCGAUCACACAGAGGAGUGCAUGCCCUUCUUCCGCUCUUCUCCAACUUGUGGUUCUGGCAACACAGGCUACAUCUUUGGCUCCAGCACCACCCGCCAACAGUUGAACACGCUCACAGCCUUCCUUGAUGUGGGUCAGGUUUAUGGAGCUGACGACAGCAAGGCUCGCCUGCUUCGGGACUUGAAUACAGACCAGGGCCUGUUGAAGGUCAAUGGAAACUAUAAUGACAAUGGCCGUGAGCUUUUGCCCUUCUCCACCAUGGGGGCCAACAUGUGUGCCACCCGACGCCGCAUCACCAAUGAUGAAAAUGCUCAAGAGGUGCAGUGCUUUAUUGCUGGUGAUGAUCGUGUCGAUGAGAACAUUGGACUGACUUCUGUACACACUCUGUUUAUGAGAGAGCACAACCGUCUAGCCCGAGCCCUAGCUCAGCUCAACCCACACUGGGAUGGAGAGAAAUUCUACCAGGAAGCACGCAAGAUCAUGGGAGGGUACCACCAGGUUAUCACCUUCAGAGACUGGCUUCGCCACAUUGUUGGCCCAGAUGUCAUGGCUAAGAAGCUGUCUACCUACCCCGGUUAUGAUGAAAAUGUGGAUUCUGGCAUUGCCAACAUUUUUGCUACAGCUGCCUUCCGUUUUGCCCAUGGGAUGGUUCAACCCUUCAUCUUUCGUUUAGAUGAAAACUACCAGAAUCAUCCUACUUACCCCACACAGGUCAUCCACAAAUCCAUGUUUACACCAUGGAGGGUCAUCUUUGAGGGUGGGAUAGACCCAAUCCUGAGGGGCUUGGUGGGUUCCAGGGCGAAGCUGAACACCCAGGAUCAUAUAUUGUCUGAUGAGCUGAGGGACAGGCUGUUUAAGUUCUCCAUGAAGUUGGCAUUGGAUCUGGGAUCACUGAACAUGCAGAGAGGCAGAGACCAUGCACUCCCUGGCUACGGCAAAUGGCGUAAGUUCUGUGGACUGUCUCAGCCCAAGAGUCUGAAUGAGUUGGCCACAGUGUUGAACAACAAGGAGUUGGCUCAGAAAUUGCUGGAUCUGUAUGGCACACCUGACAACAUUGAUCCAUGGCUGGGGGGAAUAGCUGAGCCGUUCGUCACUGGAGGAAAAGUGGGACCCCUGUUUGCCUGCCUUAUUUCCAACCAGUUCCAAAAGAUCCGCCAAGGAGACCGCCUCUGGUGGGAGAAUCACGGUGUCUUCACUGAAGCGCAGAGGGCAUCACUGAGGGAUACAUCACUGGCUCGUAUCAUCUGUGACAACACUGGCAUCACCGAAGUACCUGAAAAGCCCUUCCUCUAUCGGCCUCGUGGUUCUGGUUACACCCAGUGUGACAAAAUUCCUGCAUUUGACCUCAGCCCGUGGAAGGAGAACAGACAAAGUCCACCUGGGCCCCCAGGACCACAAGUCCCUCCCGGCCCCCCUGGCAUGGAAGAGAAAGUUGCCUUUUCCGUACGUCUCGGCAGUGACUUCCCUGAAGCUGUUAGCCCCAUCUCCUUCAAAGAUGUCAUCUACAAUGGGCAGAACAACUACAACACUGAGACUGGCUACUUCACCUGCGAGCACCCAGGGGUGUAUGAGUUUGAGUUCCACUGCACAAUCCACCAGGAAGCAGCCAGCAUCGAUCUGCUGCAUAAUGGGAAGCUGAUUCUGCACUCGUUCACCACCAAGCAGAGUGGAUACGUCACAGCCAGCGGCAGCACCUUCGUCAAGCUUGAGAAGAGAGACAGAGUCUGGCUGGUGGCCAAAGAUGGUGCCAAUGGACUGACGAGUGACAGCUUCUUCUCUGGUCAUCUGCUGUUCACUGAGUAG